GCUGCUGCCCUCAGGCAGUUUACUGCUCAGAGUCUCUCGGGGCGAGAAAAUGAAAAGUGCCUAACUGUAGAGGAUGUUUUGUCAAUGAUAAGCAGGGGAGGAAUUACAAUGAAGUUUCUUCAAGAGUGCAAGUACGCAAUAUCAGAUGAGUGCAGCGACGCAGAUGAAGAAACUGCAGAGUCCCCUUCGGCGGAGGUGGAGCCAAUAGAAGUCGACAAACCAUCGAGGGUUUCUUCUUUUGCCCCCGCAGCUGUUAAAACAAACAGAAGAGGAAAAGGAAGGCCAAUGAGGACUGCAGACAUUGCCUCUUUCUUCAAAAGAGACUAA